AUGAAGACAUCCGGAGAUAUAUUUUAUCACAUGAAAUUUCAAUCAAUAGCAGGCUUACUUAAGGGGGUUGUACGCUUAGAAGCGACCAUGUUCGGAGGCAACGUUUCUUCUUCCAACGACAGCGAUACUGCAGGUUUAAUACAGUCGGUUGAGGACUAUUUGCUGUCAUUUCUAAUGAUAGUAACUAUCGCUGUGACAAUUGUUGGAAAUAUAUUUGUUGUUCUAGCAAUCUUAAAAUACAAACCCUUACGCAAUGUCCAAAACGUGUUUCUAAUUUCUUUAGCAGUAGCUGAUUUAGCCGUAGCGAUAAUAGUUAUGCCUCUUCACAUUUCAAACAAGCUACAUGGAAGUUGGGAUUUCGGAGGAGCAAUGUGCAACUUCUGGGUGACGUGUGAUGUACUGCUAUGCACUGCUUCCAUACUUAACCUAUGUGUCAUCGCCAUGGACAGGUAUCUGGCUAUACAUGAACCACUCAGUUAUGCUCGGAAACGUACAAUUACACGUGUUUUGCUAAUGAUUGUUGCGGCAUGGGUGGCAAGUGCAGUAAUAAGUGUUCCGCCUUUGUUCGGUUGGAUAGACUCUCCUAACAAUAGCUUAUAUAAAGAAAAUACUCAUCAAUGUAGUCUGACUGCUGAGAAGGGUUACAUUAUAUAUUCCUCAUUUGGAUCUUUUUUCAUACCACUUUCUAUCAUGACGUUUGUUUACAUCAAGAUUUUCUUUGCAACCAGAGAGAGGCUACGGAAAAGAGCAAAAGCAUCGGCCGCAUCGAAAAUGGCACUUUUAAAAAACAGAUCACCACCAUCCCCAAAUCUUGCAACAAUGGAACAAAUUUCUGAAGACAGUAAUGAAAAUAAUGAACAAAAUAAUCGCGAGUUCAGUUACAAUACCACACCGAAUCAUUCAUCUCAUCUUGUAAAUGACCGAAUACCCGAAAAUACUACCACCAUGGAAAAUUUCUUCAAUCAGAAGCAAAAAAUUUCGUUGUCAAAGGAGCGAAAGGCUGCCAGAACUCUUGGAAUAAUAGUGGGUGCGUUUGUGCUCUGCUGGCUCCCGUUUUUCAUCAUGUAUGUGACAGUUCCGUUCUGUAAUUCGUGUACACUGACUCCCGGGGUAGAGCUGGGAAUAACUUUCCUUGGGUACGUGAACUCAGCACUGAAUCCUGUUAUCUAUACAGUUUUUAAUGUUGAUUUUCGAAGGGCCUUCACUUUCCUGGUUGAAAAGUACAUUAAAUGCAAACAGAACUCAAGACAAUCUAAUUUAUACCGAAAUUCGGUAAAUACGAGAAAUUGA